CGGAUGCCUCCGCAAUCGUGCCAACUGCCAACAUUAAACACCACUAUCAUUGUAGCCCACCUUGACUUUUAACCUCCCUUACUGUUUUGUUUCCCUAACCCCUGCAUUCAGUCCGCGGCAACAUUCGGCACACGGAUCCUUCCUACUUCGACUCCUGGUCCCUACACGGUCGAUAGCAAAGAGCGACAAUUAGGAGGUUAUACAGAAGAAAGGCUAUGCGACAAUAGCGCUGCGAAUAUGGCACCUCAUGGUUUAUUGGCAGUCUUACUGUGCUCCUUGACUGUAUAUGCGACAUCCAAUCUUGCCAGCGCCGCAAGUGAGCAAUACGAGAGUGUCGUGAGCGUAGCGAGCAGCGUGGCCUUUGGCACUGCAGGGCAGGAAGAAAAGGGGAGUCAGGCGGCGAGGGAUGCGUACGAGAGCGCUGUUACUGCGGUAUCCGAAGCGGUCUAUGGCACACCCUCGACCGCACAAGCCGCCUCAUCGGCCAGCUCAUAUGUUAACGACGUUGCCGUUGCCGCCAGUUCACGCUACAGCGAUGCCAUAAGUCAAGCCUCAUCGCAUUACGAUGCUGCCAAAUCCCGCGUGUCUGCUCAGAUUUCUGGCACGCCAGAGCCGGUGCAUAAGCAGAUGUACUCUUCGAUCGAAUCCGCAUACUCCGACUCAGUUGCGGCGGCGAGCAAACGGCUACAGUAUGCUUUGAGCGCGACAACAACCACAAGUGGCAGUCUCUUAGCUACUCAGGGCCCGUAUGAGAGCAUCUCGUCCAUCGCCUCUUCAAGACUUGCGGAGGGUCUCAGCAUUGCGUCAGCGCAGUACCAGUCUGCCAAGGUCGCUGCGGGUUUUGAGACGAGCCCUGCGCCUCAGGCUUACCUGGCGUCGGCGCAGAUGGCGUAUUAUCAAGGCAUUGGCUACGCGCAUGAUCAGUAUACUUCCUUCGUGCAGGCGGCGAGUAGUGCUGUGGGCGCGACACCUACGACAGGCUACCAGGCAUACGUCGCUGCGGCUCAAAGCACGUACAGUGCCGCUCUUGCAGCGGCGAGCUCGAAUAUGCAGAACCUCCUGAGCUCGUCCUCUACAAGCGGAGCACUUGACAACAUCUCCGCCGGAUACGACAGCGCUGUUGCGGCUGCUUCGUCCCAGCUUGCCGCCGCCUCGUCUCAAGCCAGCGAGAUGUUUUAUGGCACCUCUAAGGGCAGCAUCUCGCAAGCUACAGAAGCUGCGGGAAGUGCAUACAGUAGCAUGGCAUCCCAAGCCAGCUCUGCCAUCUACGGUUCCGAGACCCCUUGGACCGAAGCUAUGGCGUCUCAAGCGAGCGAUAACUGGGAAGCACUGGUUUCCCGCGCUAGCCAGCAAGUCUACGGUCAGCCUCCACCGUUCUCCCAGAGCGUUGUGAGCCAGGCAGGUGCAUAUGCAUCUCAAGUCACUGAGGCCGCAGGCCUGUACGCCGCCCAAGCUAGCGAGGCUGCGGCGAAGCAGUACGAUGCCGUCCAGUCUCUCUUUUCGGAGCUUGUGAGUGGCAAAGAGCCGGACUUUACGGACAGUGUCAUGAGCCGAUUGCAAAGCGCUUACUCGACUGGCGCUCCGGCUGUGGCAUCGAGCGCCAGCAGCUACAUCAGUGAUACGUACGUCUCUGCCUCGAGUGCCGUCUCUGCGGUCUUCACCCCACCUGCAAGUCUCGAAUCUUUGGUGCAACAGGUAAGAGGCGAACUCGACUCGGCUGUCGCUGCAGCUAGCGAGCAGUACUAUGGCAAGACUAAGGGUACCAUUGAGUCCGCCACCGAAGCCGCGGCGAGUGUCUACAGUGAUACGGCGUCUUCGAUCAGCGAAGCGAUCUACGGCCAUGAGACCGGGUAUGCGGAAGCGGCACAAUCCAGUCUCGCCAACAUUGCCUCAGCUGCCUCUCGCUCCAUUUCCGAAGCCGUUUACGGUACUUCUACUGGUACGCUUGAGGUUGCGUCGGCGAGUGCAGCGAGCGUGUACUCCUCGCUUACGUCUGCAGCUUCCGCGCAAGCAUCUUCUGUCAGCAGUGCUGUGAGCAGCAUGCUCUACGGUGAGGAGACAGGGUAUGUCGAGGGCAUGAACGACCAGAUCAAAGAGGCCAUGGCGAGCGCCCAAAGCAGGAUUGCGGCGUUCGGGGGGGGUGCGAGUAAGAUGGCAGAAGAUACCAUGAGUGCGGUGUCUGAGGGCGUGAAGGGGGCCGCCAGCAGUGUGAGCAGUGUGGCGAGCGAGGUGACAAGCAGGGCUAAAGAUGAGCUUUAAGUAGGAGAAGCACGUCAAAUGAGAAGUCGAGAUUAGGAUGACUGGAGGUGCAGGCGAGAAGAGGUCGGAAGGAAGUUGUUACGACUGUACAUGCGGGUUAGGAUGGAUGAGGCCCAGGUUGAUGCAUGCCUCUCUACAUCGCGAGAUAUCCUUUUGAGCGUUAUGGGCGAUGUAGUGACAGACAUGUAUGUGUAUAUGGUUUGAUGAUCUCCUCUUGACCACAAAAAGCCAUGCUUUCCUG